AUGAACUUACUCAAUUUCCUGGUGAUUUCAGCCAGUCUUCCACUCUCCCAGCCAACUUCAUCCAUUUUAUUCACCAAAACAACGAGCUUCCCAACCGAAGAUGACGCCCGAAGCAGCCUCAGGUGCUCUCGCGUCUGUCCGCCACGGAAACCAGCCUCAAAUUCACCAGAUCGAGCAGAAACAACCAGAAUUCCAACAUCGGCCCGUGAUGAUCCAUCGAUCAUUUCGCCAACGUAG